AUGAGCUCUACACUGCCAUUGCACAUGUACAUCCGCCCCCUGAUGGUCGAGGACACUCAGGACGUCUGCGACCUGGAGAGUAGGGGCUUUCCUCCAGAGGAGCGCGCGUCGCCCGAGACCGCGGAGUUCCGCCUGACGGCGUGCCCCGAGCUGUGCUCCGGGCUGUUCAUCAGAGACGUGGAGGGGUCCGAGGUCAAGGGCGAGAAGCUCAUCGGCCACAUCCUGGGCACCAAGAUCCCCUGCUCCGCGGAUGGCACGCAAAACGCGCUUAUUACCCUGGAGAGCAUGGGCAAGGUGCACGACGAGUCGUCCACGACCGUGGGCAUCCACUCCGUGGUCAUCGCGCCCGAGCACCAGAAGAAGAACUUGGCCACGCUGCUGCUGACGGACUACAUCCAGAAGCUCAGCAACCAGGAGGUGGGGCAGAGAAUCGCGAUCAUCGCCCAUGAGCCACUGGUGCCUUUCUACGAGCGCAUCGGCUUCCAGCUGCUGGGCGAGAACAAGACGGUGAAGGCGGACCCGGCCUUCAGCAAGUCCAAGUGGUGCGACAUGGUGCGCGAGCUGGUGAAGGAGGAGUACGAGAACUGA